AUUUUCCCUGGUUACUUCUUUGGCUGAUUUUCCACACAAAGAACUGAAAGGCGUUUAUCCCAAGGGAAUCAGUUCUUUUAGAUUUUACUAAGAAGUCAGCUAACACUUUCAACAUUCCCUUCUCUUCUUUGUUUUUAAAGAAAGUUCUGGUUUUGUUUCACUUUCAGCGGGAGACUUAAAUGACACCAAGCAAAGCUACUUAGUUUAGAUUUCCAGAACUUUGUUGGUGAAAAAAAAAAAAAAUCGAACAUGAAGCGAGCGGUUUGGUUCUGUCUCCUUCUGCUUAUUCUGCUUACUGUCUUUCAAACCAACUGUGAACCAAGUCCCAGAAGGCAAAGGAGGAGGAUGCACCAAAGACUCAGGAAAAGCUCUUCACUCGACCCCAGAGCCGACAGGCGGCUUGAAGUUCAGCAAACCACUGCUGCACCAGAUGCUGGGCUACCCACUGCCCACUCUGAUUACAGUGUGGAGGAAAACAUACAGUCACUUCUAGGCAAUCUUGGAGUAGAAUCAAGUUACGGUGUGCUACCAGGAAAGAAAGGACACUGCUCUGUAAAGGGCAUGGUCAUGUACAACAAAGCUGUCUGGUCUCCUGAGCCCUGCACCACCUGCCUCUGCUCAAAUGGAAGAGUGCUUUGUGAUGAAACUGUGUGCCCCCGCAAGGCAUGCCCCUAUACCGUCAAACCGGAAGGAGAGUGCUGCCCCAUCUGCUCUGACACUGAACAACAAGAAUCCAUUAACCAAGGAAGAAGGAAGGAAGAGGACAGUGAGGAGGAGACUGAGAGAGAAGAAGAGGAGGAAGAGGAGGAGGAAGAGGAGGAAGAGGAAGAAGAUGGCAUAAGAGGAGAUGUGUUCAGAAUGUCUUCCCGGUUAAUACCUGGAAUCCCAAGAGGCAGGCCACGCCUGCCCAGAAGCUGUUCUCUGUCCUACAGGACUAUCAGUUGCGUUUAUGGAGACUUCACUGAGAUCCCACCCAUAACAGCACCAGAAGUAACGACCCUGGAGCUGUUUGGGAAUUCAAUCAUCUCCAUUCCAAAUGAAGCAUUUAAUGGAUUACCAAAUUUGGAAAGACUUGAUCUGAGCAGAAAUAAUAUCACUUCUUCAGGCAUAGGUCCAAAAGCAUUCAAGCUUUUGAAGAAGUUAAUGCAUCUGAACAUGGACGGAAAUAAUUUGGUACAUAUUCCUUCUGAAUUACCAUCUACACUAGAAGAACUUAAAAUAAACGACAACAAUCUCCAGGCUAUCGAUGAGAAAAGCUUAUCAGACUUAAAUCAACUUGUCGCUUUAGAAUUGGAGGGAAACAAUCUCAGUGAAAUCAAUGUCAACCCUCUAGCUUUCAAAUCCUUGAAGAGCUUAUCAUACCUACGUCUGGGAAAAAACAAAUUCAGAAUCAUACCACAAGGUCUUCCAGCUUCUAUUGAGGAGUUGUACCUAGAAAAUAAUCAAAUUGAAGAAAUAACUGAAAUUUGUUUCAAUCACACCAGAAAGAUAACUAUGAUUGUACUACGUUAUAAUAAAAUAGAAGAAAGUCGGAUUGCUCCUUUAGCAUGGAUAAACCAUGAAAAUCUUGAAUCUAUCGACCUGUCCUACAACAAGCUCUACCACGUCCCCUCCUAUCUACCCAAAUCUCUUCUGCACCUUGUCCUAAUUGGGAACCAAAUUGAACGGAUCCCCGGCUAUGUGUUUGGCCACAUGAAACCAGGCCUGGAGUACUUGUACCUGUCAUUUAACAGACUUUCUGAUGAUGGUGUGGACCUAGUCUCGUUCUAUGGAGCAUAUCAUUCUCUGAGAGAACUAUUUCUGGAUCACAAUGACUUCAAAUCCAUACCCCCUGGAAUACAAGGAAUGAAAGCAUUGCAUUUUCUGAGGCUGAACAACAAUAAGAUACGGAACAUCCUUCCUGAACAAAUCUGCAAUGCUGAGGAAGAUGAGGACUCAGCUCUUGAACACCUUCAUCUUGAAAAUAAUUACAUCACAACUAGAGCUAUGUCGUCCUAUGCGUUUUCAUGCAUAAGAUUGUAUUCAAGUGUUGUUCUUAAACCACAACGCAUCAAGUAACUUCAAGUUUCUCUCUGCCAUUUAUAAAUUUUACCCAAGCAUAACAAGCAUUACAUCUCUUUUUGUGUGUGUGUGUGUGUGUGUGUGUGUGUGUGUGUGUGUGUGUGUGUGUGUGUUUGUACACGAGUGCAAUGUCCUCAGGAACUAGAAGAGGCUGUUGGACGCCCUGAAGCUGGAGUUCAGGUGGGUCUGAGCUGUGAACUGAACUUGAGUACACUCUAAGAGCAGUACACGUUCUCGAUUGAUUGAUCCAUGCCUCAAGUCCCCAAAACACCACUCUCAUGCUAAUUUUGUGGUUUAGAUCAUUUUACAGUGGUUAAGUAUGCAUAUUGGUAAUGAUAAGGAAAGCUAGCGGAAGGGCAUACAAAAAUUCUACACUGUAAGCCUAGAAUUAGUUCUUAAAAUAAAAAAAAAAAAAAAACCAUUUCAAGAUUGCUUUCACUCUUCAGCAAGAUCAAAAGAUUACAAAAAGUAAACUGGGCAUGGUGGCACAUGCCUUUGAUCCCAACAUUUGGGAGACAGAGACCAUAGGAUCUCUGUGAGUUUGAGGCCAGCCUGAUUUAUAUAGUGAGUUUCAGGACAGCAUGGACUAUGUAAAGACCUUGUCUUACAAAAAGACUACAAGAAGUAAAUACUCUUCUAAAAAUACAAAUUACUGUUAACUACAAGCUGAUGUAAAUGUAAAUACAACUUAUUCCUCCACUAGUUAUAGAGUUAGCAACCAUCUCCUUUGCUAUAUUUCUAAAAUAAACUUUUUGUCAGUUUAAUGAACAAAGUGGUAUUCAU